UGCCGCCAUCUUGCGGGGACGGCAGCUGGUCCGGCGGCGGCGGCGGUGCCGUUUCCUCCGGCUCAGACCCCCUCGAGAACCAGCGGGGCUCAGCGGCCUUCACCCGCCCCCCGGAACGGAGACACCCGGGACCCCCGCGCGGGGACCCGGAGCCGACUUGGUGUGGACUUCUAGGGGGAAGACGAGUGCUAGACAUGGAGUCCGUGGGGGAGGCCUGGGGCCUCACUCUGGCUCACCAAGUCUGGAAAGGCUUCCCGGCAGGAGCUUGUAAAAGGGCGUUGGGCCUGUUGUGUUAACCCACUGUUUUCUUUCCAUUACCUUAUUGUCUCUGUUGAGUUGAUAAUGGCUCCAAAACCCUGGUGCUAAAGGCCUGCUAACUGACGCCGACGCGAUGGCAUCCGACGACUUCGACAUCGUGAUCGAGGCCAUGCUGGAGGCCCCGUACAAGAAAGAGGAGCAGAGGAAGGAGGUGAAGAAGGACAGCCCCAGCACGACCACCACUACCAGCAGCAGCAGCAGCACCGGCGCGGGCGGCGCCAGUAGCAGCAGUGGCAGCAACACCAGCGGGGAGACGAGCAAGAAGAAGCGGAGCCGCAGCCACAGCAGAAGCAAGGACCGGAAGCGCAGCCGCAGCCGGGACCGGGACCGACACCGGAGGCGGAGCAGCCGCAGCCGCAGCCGCGACCGCCAGCGACGCCACCGCAGCCGCAGCCGGGACCGCCGGCGCAGCAGCAAGUCGCGCAGCCGGGACCGCCGGCGCGAGGAACGUGUGCGCUACAGGAGCCCCCCUCCCGCCGCCGGGCGCCGGUACGGACACAGCAAGAGCCCCCAUUACCGAGAGAAGAGCCCAGUCAGGGAGCCCAUCGAUAACCUGAGCCCCGAGGAGCGCGACGCUCGCACCGUCUUCUGCAUGCAGCUGGCCGCCCGCAUCCGGCCCCGAGACCUGGAGGACUUCUUCUCGGCAGUUGGGAAGGUGCGUGACGUGCGGAUCAUCUCGGACCGGAACUCCCGCCGCUCCAAGGGCAUCGCCUACGUGGAGUUCUGCGAGAUCCAGUCCGUGCCCCUGGCCAUCGGGCUGACGGGACAGCGCCUGCUGGGCGUUCCCAUCAUCGUCCAGGCUUCCCAGGCCGAGAAGAACCGCCUGGCGGCCAUGGCCAACAACCUGCAGAAGGGUAGCGGGGGCCCCAUGCGUCUCUACGUGGGCUCCCUGCACUUCAACAUCACGGAGGACAUGCUGCGGGGCAUCUUCGAGCCGUUCGGCAAGAUCGAUAAUAUCGUCCUGAUGAAGGAUCCAGACACUGGCCGCUCUAAAGGCUUUGGCUUCCUGACGUUCUCCGACUCCGAGUGUGCCCGACGGGCCCUGGAGCAGCUGAACGGCUUCGAGCUGGCCGGGCGGCCCAUGCGGGUGGGUCACGUGACCGAGCGGCUGGACGGCGGCACGGACAUCACCUUCCCCGACGGGGGCGAGGAGCUGGACCUGGGGACGGCCGGGGGGCGUCUGCAGCUCAUGGCCAAGCUGGCCGAGGGUUCCGGCAUCCAACUCCCCACCUCCGCCGCGGCCCAGGCUGCCGCCCUGCAGCUGAACGGAGCCGUGCCCCUGGGGGCCCUGAACCCUGCCGCCCUGACCGCGCUCAGUCCGGCUCUGAACCUGGCGUCCCAGGCCAUCGCCUCGCAGUGCUUCCAGCUCUCCAGCCUCUUCACCCCCCAGACCAUGUAACACGAUGGCUCAGCGCUGCCUCCCCCGUGCCUCUAGGCCCCGCCCAGCCCACCCCACUUCUCUCCGCGCCCGCCCCGUCUCUCUCCCCCCGUCCCCCCUCCCUCCCACCGUCGCGGACCACGCCAGCCUACGGGCACGGACGAUGCCUCCCCGGGGGCGGGGGGGGUGGCGGGAGCAGGGCCUGCGCUGGACACUUUGAAGAACAGCCACCCCGCGGUCCGGGGGCCGGACUCUGUGCUGAGCCAAGCCCCCCAGUCUCGGGCGGGGAAGCAGAGUUUGUACAUACGUUGAAUACAAGUGUCUCUGUGUAACGUCUCCCUGGGUGCCCUUCACUGCCCGCUCCCCCCCACUUCCGUCUGACCAUCGGGGCGGUCCGAGGCCCGCCUCCCCCCGCCCCCCGUCUCUCCUUCCCCCGUCCUGCCCGGGGGAACUUAGGGGCGCCCAGGAUGUGGGUGGAGAGGGAGGCUGCCGGAGGGCAAGGCCGGGUCCGGGCUAGGACGUCUGAAACCCCAGCACGGGACCGGAGGAGGCAGGCAGCCGUGUGCCAUCUGUCCGCCGAGCCAGUCUUGAUACUUUGGGGUCCCGGGAGUGGAGCGGACGAUGGCGGCGGGGGGUCCCGAACCCCCUCUACCCCCCACCCAGGCCCCCUGGGUGUGGGACCCCAGCCCCUGCCGUUUCUCCCUGGGACCCGGUCAUCCCUCUGGCCGAGGGUGGGGCGGGGAGCCGAUACCAUCUUGGCCCCCCCGGAGGCCGGGCACCACCCUCCCCCUCCCCCCGCGGUUCACUGGAUUUUCUACCCCUGUGUCUGUGUAUAUAAAUAUAUAUAAACUUUGUACAAAGGGCAGCCUCGGGGCGGCAACCGCUGCCCAAGCGUCUGCUAUCUCUCCCGGUCCGUCCGCCUUGUCUGUCUCUCGAUUUUAACUUCUCACAAGGAAAACCACGGACAGUUCCGGGGAUAAAACGUUUGUACCGCA